AGCCACUGAAGUAAUCUGCAGUCGUGUAGCGAAGCAAGCGUAGCAAGAAAGUAGUGUGUGGUUGGUCGUCGUCAGCGCCGUAUCCGUCAUCAGUCGUACCGCGAUUCGAGCAGCGAAAAGAGGGUUAACUGUAGAAAAGAACCGAGUUUCUGAAAACUUACAAAAUGUCGGAACGCGAAAACAACAUCUACAAGGCGAAGCUGGCCGAGCAGGCUGAGCGAUAUGACGAAAUGGUUGAGGCAAUGAAGAAGGUUGCAUCGAUGGACGUUGAGCUGACGGUUGAGGAAAGGAACCUACUGUCGGUGGCGUACAAAAAUGUGAUCGGAGCACGUCGCGCUUCCUGGCGAAUAAUCUCAUCCAUUGAGCAGAAGGAAGAGAAUAAGGAAAAGCUUGAGAUGAUCAAGAACUACCGCUCACAGGUGGAGAAGGAACUGCGCGAUAUCUGUUCAGACAUUCUGGAGGUGUUGGAUAAGCAUCUCAUUCCUUGUGCAACGACUGGCGAAAGCAAGGUUUUCUACUAUAAGAUGAAGGGUGACUACCACCGUUACUUGGCCGAGUUUGCAACCGGUGGAGAUCGUAAGGAUGCCGCCGAAAAUUCGCUCGUUGCGUACAAGGCCGCCAGUGACAUUGCUAUGACUGACCUUCCACCAACGCAUCCAAUCCGAUUGGGAUUGGCUUUGAACUUCUCAGUAUUUUACUAUGAAAUCCUGAACUCUCCGGAUCGUGCCUGCCGUCUAGCGAAAGCCGCAUUCGACGAUGCUAUUGCCGAACUGGAUACUCUGAGCGAGGAAAGCUAUAAGGAUUCAACUCUAAUCAUGCAGUUGCUACGGGACAACCUUACCUUAUGGACAUCCGACAUGCAGGGUGAUGGUGAAGGCGAACAGAAGGAACAAAUCCAGGAUGUCGAAGACCAGGACGUGUCGUAAUUUGCGCGCGACUCGUUUUAUGUGUGAGUUUAUAUUUUAAUAAUUAAAAGAGGAGAUAAGAGAUAAGCAUUACGAAAUAAGAAAAUAAACAUAAGAAAUAUACACAAAACACAGACAUAGUGAAAAAGGGAUGGAAUAAAAGGAAAAAAAUAUUCAAGGAAAUGCAAAAUUCCUGCAACUGAAAAGGAAAUCACCCCCAGCAGUAUAAUAAUAGAACUUUCUGGAGACGGUAGAGGGAAGAGAGGAUGCACCGGAUGAAUGAAUUUAGAUGCAAAAACAACUGCAAUUUGUGUAAGGACAUUGAUGAAGAGAAAUGAACGAAUCCUCAGCGUGGAUAGAACAUCAUUAACUGAUAACAGUAAAAAAUAACAGCAAGAACAACCACCACGUGAAAUGAAACGAUUUAUUUCUUAACUACUAUCGCAUUGUGUGAAACCCUAAAACCUAGCAUCAUCAAGAACGGCGCCACAAUGGGAAGGAACUAUGAAAAAGAAUAUCAAACCGAGGCAAACAUUGCUAAUGAAGAGCGAGCAACUAUGAGAUGAGAUAUGUAAGGAAAAAAGAAACUCACAACAAAAUCGAACAACAACAGCAGUAACAAACGAAACAGACGAAAUCUUUGUUCAGUUCUUGUAAAAUAUGAAGUUUUGGAAAGAACAUACCUAAGGCUCACUCAUUCUCUUGUCAUUCCUCAACUCUUCCUCCCUCUCACUUGAUUCAUCCGGGGGCUGUUUUGUGCGUGUCCUUUACCUUGUGUGUACUAGGAGAGAAUUAUGAACCGCGCGUUAUCAUUGCAAGUUGUGUAGCACACAAAUAUGACUUAAGACAAACUAGAUUCCCCUCAUUUUGGAUUCACAUAUAGUAUAGAUAAAAGAAGGCAUAUUUCGUAUUUCAUCGUAGCAAAACAAACAAAACCACAACUACUCCACCAUCAACAACAUCAUCAACAAUGACAACAACCGCCACUACCACCAGCCGCGACCUGUUGUCGUCGUUGUCGCCGUCUUCUACUACCGUUGUCUCCUGUUCUGCCGCGCCAUCACCAUCUCCUUGCCUUCACCCUGUGGCCCUACAUCAUCGGAUUGCGUACACGACGGCGGUGUAUAUUGCGUCAAACAGCAAGCAGUUUCAAACUCGAGCGCGCGCGCGCCAUCCUCUUAUACCUCGCGCUGAAUACAUUGCACUCGCAAGCGAGCGUGUCAUGUGUACGUGCUGGAAAGAAGAAUAAUUUCUUAGUAGUUUACUGCUUACAUAAAACAACACACCUUAUCUUACCACCUCAGGAUUUCUUCCCGCGCUCUAGUGCCUCACACUAUCUUUACCCGAAGUCAUUGUGGCAUGGCACUCGCGAGAGAUACGCGUAAGACGACUCUGCCAACCAAGGCCGUCUUCUAGUAGGGUAGUGUUAGGAGAAAGGAACAUUCAUCUUGCCCUCACUAGCAAAAGGGAUGCUGCAGAGAUGAAGAGAAAAGGAGGAGAGCACUGUGAAGUGUGUGUUUUUGUGUGUUUUCCAUGUUCUUGCAGUUGAGCGUUGUGAUUUGGAUGCAUAAUUUAAGAAAUUAUCACGCCAUUCCAUCACGCAGUUUUACAACUAAUACUACAACUACUACUACUACUACUAUUUCACACCUCACUCAGUAGCACUAAGGAAAGCUUGUGAAGUCACUUGAUUAUAAGGCAUUCGUAAACGAAACAGGAGAGAGGAAACACAAGUCCUUUUGUGUUGGCAGUUAAGGAAGCAAAAGAAAACAAUUUGUUUAUUAUAUUUUAUUUCGUCAUUUAAACGAUUAAAAAACACAAGUACACUCCUAGCAGA